CUGUGUUUGGGACCAACAAAAUCGUGUCGUAAUCGUAAUGGUAUCUCUCAAUCUCAUUUUUUUGAUUCAAUUCAAAAUAGUAUGAUUGAUAAACUAAGAAUCAACCAAUUACCAACCAACCGCGUAAUCCCCUUUUUUUAUAUUCUAAUUUCCCACCAAUUACUUCCCUAAUCCUCAUUUUAUCUCAUCAUUCAUUCAUGCUUCACAAUUAACCUCUCCUCCUUCUCAUUUUCACAUUCAGAGUUUUUGUUGCUGCUGCUGCUGCUAUAAAGUUUGUGUGAUCAUUUGCUUGGAAUUGUUGGAGGAAUUUCUGGUUUGAAUAAGAGUUUUUGUUGUUUGGAAUCAAAUGGCCGCGGUGGCGGCUUGUAGACGAUUGGGAAUUUUAGGGACCAAUUCUGGGAUUGGUUUAACUGGAUUUGGAGGAGCCUUUGGAAAUAAGGCUUUGAAAUUUUCACCUUCCAUUUAUAAUUCUAGCUCUAUGCACUUUUCUCAAUUGCUGAAAUCAAAUGGACAACGCUUGUUUCUCGUUGAUACAUUAGCCCUUGUUAAGAGACUUGAGGGACAAGGAGUGCCUUUAAAGCAAGCUGAGGCAAUAACUGCUGCUAUAACUGAGGUUUUGAAUGAUAGCUUGGAGAAUGUAUCUCAGUCAUUGGUAUCAAAAGAAGAAAUGCAAAGGACUGAGAUGCUACAAGAAGCCAACCUGUCCAAAUUCAAAGCAGAAGUGCAGAGCUCGCAGGGACAUCACUUUUCUCUGCUGCAACACGAGACUGAGAAGCUUAGGAAUGAUAUAGAGAAGAUGCGUAGUGAAUUGAGGUAUGAGAUAGAUAAAGUAACAGCUGGACAGCGGUUGGAUUUGAACCUCGAAAGGGGGAGGAUAAGGGAGGAGCUAGCCAAUCAGAAUGCUGAAACUAAUAACCUGACUAACAAACUUGAUAGGGAAAUCCAUGCUUUAAGGGCUCAGCUGGAAGCAGCCAAGUAUGAUGUGAUAAAAUACUGCAUAGGAACCCUUGUUUCAAUAUCUGCCGUUGGCCUUGCCGUUAUUCGUAUCUUGAUGUAAAACAGAAUGUAUUCAGAUUAACACUAACAAGAUUAAGGUAAAGAAAACUAGAGCAGCUGUUUGGAAGAUAUUGUAUGUUCUGUAUGAGAAACAAUUUCAUUGCAGUGUUGGUGGAGCUGAAGUAGUUUCCAUUAGAUAUCAAAUGGGCCUUUUUUUUUCAAAGCCCAUGUUCCUUUACAUAUAAUUUUUCUUGAUGUAUUUGUAUUUUUUUUUCUUCUUUUCAAUACAGUGUGACACUAGGCCAACUAUUUUACUAGCCUUCUGUUGCUUAUGAUUACUUGUACAAAUUGUACCUUAAUAUAUAAUUAAUGAGUAUAAUUACACACA